UAUAGGCUGCUCAUUAGCACAUUAGACUGUUCGCCGCAAUUAAAUUACAACGCGCAAAAGAGCGAAUCAGUAGUGAGAGCUUGUUUUUGCUUUCCAGUGGCGGAUUUCUUGAUGCCUCCCAAGAAAUCGCGCGCGAGAGUGAGGAAAUACCCGUGCUCUUAUCUGAAUUAUGACAUUAAGUGUUUCAUCCUUUUCCAUCAAAGACAUCCUCACCGGACUCGAUGCCAACGGCAAGCCGGGAACCGCGGGGGAGUUCUGCGCAACGAAGGCGAACAACACGCUCACCGGCUAUGGUGGCAGGGAUGGCAACCACGUCUACCCGCAGACACUUCCCACACAUCCCCGCGUUAUAAGCGCCCAAUCGGAGGUUUCUACAGAGGAGGACACAGGAGAAGAGACAGAGCUCAUAGAAGUCGCUGCAGAUGACCAGGAGCAGUGUGAGGAGCAGGGCGAACAGCAGAAAAGACCGCAGUGCGAGAGUGCAGAGGAGGAGGGAUGUAACCGCGGCGGGGAGACCUCAAGCUGUUUGCCGGACGCGCAGGAGUGCAGGCCCGGUGCAAAGAAGCGCACCAGGUCGGCCUUCUCUCAUGCUCAAGUCCACGAGCUGGAGCGCCGUUUUAGCACUCAAAGGUACCUUUCUGGUCCCGAACGGGCCGAUCUGGCAGGAGCCUUGAAGCUUACAGAGACCCAGGUGAAAAUCUGGUUCCAGAACCGGAGAUAUAAAACCAAACGUCGCCAGAUGGCGACCGAAAUGGUGGUAUGCAGCUCCCCAAAGAAAGUGGCUGUAAAAGUUCUGGUGCGGGACGAUCAGAAGCAAUACCACCAGGGGAUUGGAGUACAUAUCCCCAUGACUGUGCCACUGUACCGGGGCUAUCAGUACUACCCGUACCUGCACUACUACUACCACCAACCCUGGAACAUGGACAACAUGUUUUGUGGAGGGAUGCUUUGAGGCCCCGAAGCAGAACUGUUUUCAACAAGUGUCACUUCAAAUGCAAGCGUUCUGCUUUCUAGGAGGUUUCUGCUGACUCGGUGGAUUUUACGAUGUAAUUGGACAUUUUAUACAGAAAAUCCUCCAUUUUUAAAUCGGAAUAAGUAAUGUAGUUUAAUAUUUUGUCAGUUUCAUAUUGUGUAACUAUUUGCAAGUUAGAAAAAAAACAUUUUAAAGGGAAAUACUACUGACUUCUUCAAAGCUCUUAUGUGGCCAGGAUCAUGACUUUUAAAUAUUUCUUUUAACUUUUAAAAAAAAUUAUUUCAUGAAUUAUAUUUCAAAACUUUCAAAAGUUAAAAAAUAUUUAUUAUUAUGAUUACGACGGGAAGAGGAGGUCAUAAAAAGUGAAGGUUGCUAAGCGGAAGAGAACAUAAAGUUAACUACAAUGUUAUAUUUCAACCUUUUCUUGUGGGAUUAAUAAAAGAAAAGAAAAGAAAUACAA